AUGGGUCGCAAUUCCGGUGGGAUCGACGCAAACGGAGAGUUAAGAAUACUACUAGUCGUCACUGUUAUUGUGGGUUUACUUCUAAUGAUGUCUUUGCUGAUGUGUUACGCGUGCGUCCUGAAGCGACUCUGCUGUGGAACGCCCAGAGAACGAGCGAAAAACAUAGCAAGCGCUAGAAGAACGGAGAGCUUUCCAAUGGGGGAUGUCACUCUUAUAUCCCAGCCGACAGAAAGUGAAAGAGUUUAG